AUGAAACGAGCAGCAUUUCAGAAAAAGCUCAUGAUUACAUGGUCAGAAAAAAAGAUUGGAGUGGAAAUAAAGCUGUACGAAAAGGGAGUCUUCGUCCACCGAAAGCUGGACGAAGUCACAACCGACAACAACGGAUCGUUUACGGUUUCAGGCACUGCUAAGGAGUUUUCCAAAAUUGAUCCACAGCUGAACAUCUACCAUAGAUGCAAUUACAAAGGGCCUUGUUACCAGAAGCUCACAAUAAAGGUCCCAUCAAAGUAUAUAAGCAAAGGAAAACAGAAGACCGACUGCUUAAGUUACGUGAAUGAAGGAAGAAGAACUUGUUUUCCCAUAGCAACAUGGUACAUGAUGGCAACCAUUACAGCCAUUAGCAAGAUGGGUAAAAAAUGUGACUGGAGCUAUCAUGGAGGAAAAAUUACCCAAGAAAAACCUUCGAACUCCCGAUAUACUGAUUCCGUUGAUUUGUGCUUUAUAACGAAGACCGUUUGCAGAUUCAUUGUAAAAAUGCUAUUUCACAAGCUGCUGAUGCUUGCUCUUCUGACAUGUGCAUGUGCCGCUCCUGGUUCUGGAAGGAUCUCUGUUUCAAUUUCUUAUAAUCGAUUUUACAAGUGCAUGAGCCAAUGUCUGAAGGAGAAGCAUAAACAACCAAACGUAUUAGAUUCGCACUCUUAUGACGCAUGCUAUAAUAAGUGCAUCAUAGAAGGAAAUCCUUCAGAAGAAGCAGUUCCCAAAGAUCAACAGAAUGAGGACAACGAGGAUGAAAACUUAUGA